UUUGCAUGCAAAGUGAAUGGAGUGUGUAUAACACAUGCGAAAUCGAAAAAUAGUGAAGAAAAGAAAAGUCAGUCACACAACUGCAGUGGAACAAGGCGAAAGGAGAGAAUAACACAGCGCUGGACAAGUUUUAAUAACGAAUUUAAGAGACAUUAAGUCAUAAAAUGUCGUUACCAUUUUUACCAGGAAAUUCCUUUAACCCCAGGUUGGGGAAAGAUAAAUUCCACAAGUCGCAGCACUUCGACUACAGCAAUGAAGUACCCAUGAUGGUCGGAGAACACAAGCCGGGCAUCGGAGGUGACAAACGACUUGGACAGAAGCUCAAGCCUGAGACAAGCAGCAUACCCCAGGGCCAAGGCAACUCAUCUCCAUCCUGGGUGGCCUUUGACAAGCAGGUCCUGCACUUUGACGCCUUCUUCCAGGAGGCUGUCCACGAGAUGAGGCAACAGUACCGCAUCAGGAAGUGCAAGAUCUAUUUCUAUCUUGAGGACGAUUCCAUUCAGGUCAUCGAACCUCUGGUUGAAAACAGCGGUAUCCCACAAGGAACCUUAAUCAGACGGCAUCGCAUCCCCCUCCCACCUCCAAAUGACGACCAGUUCUACACAGUCCAACAUUUCAAUGUCGAUCAGGAAAUAACACUUUACGGGCGAACAUUCAAGAUCACAGGAUGCGAUCAGUUCACUUACAACUUCCUCAAGAAACUUGGAGUUCGCAUCAAGGCUCCCGUGGAAACACCAGCUGAUCCUUAUACCAACUUCAGGAAAGGCAUGGAUGAAUCUCAACAGCCACUGCGACCAUACGAAAAGGUUGACACACUCAAGCAGUUCCUUGAUCACGACCGUCACGUACUGCGCUUCUUGUGCUUCUGGGAUGAUCGUGACAACAUGUUUGGUGACCUCAGGGAGUUCUACCUGCACUACUUCCUGGCAGAUGACACUAUCGAGAUCAAGGAGAUCAUCCAGCCCAAUUCUGGCCGCGACAAGACUCCCAUGUUCUUGAGGAGAGGGCGCCUGUCGAAGGUAUCCCCAGAAGCCCUGAGACAACCUGGUGAGAUCACCGGCAGGACCGUACUCAAUGUCUUUGGACCUACUGGCCAUGGAGGAAGAUACAUACUUGACAGUCUGAAGACUGGGGCUGUCCACUCUGAAUUCUACAUGGACCAUGAUCUGACAAUAGGGAGUACCAUCAACGCCAACGGGCGUUGGUUGACGCUGGCAGACUUUGAUGAUUUCACCAAGGAGUACUACACGAGGAAAUAUGGAGUCAAUGACUACAGUGCAGUGAACUAUAGGAAUGCUCCCGCAGGGGCAAGCAAGCGAGAGUGGCCUCCAUACACAGGCUUCGGCUCCGAAGAAGACUCCCUCUGCUCCUGCAUGGGGCUCCUGCCAAAGCCUCCACGUCGGGACUUCAUCAAGUUCAUGGAGAAAGACAGACAUGGAUUGGAUAGCAACGUUCUUCGAUUUGUUGCCCGUCUGGACACGACCAAACCAAUCGAUGUCGAUCGUCGUUUCAUCAUCUCAUACUUCCUGUCUGAUGACACCAUCGCAGUCUUUGAGCCACCUGAAAGGAAUUCCGGAAUCAUCGGAGGCAAGUUCCUUGAGCGUGGCCGCGUCAAGAAGCCUAACCAGCCGCGGUUUGCAACAAAGCACUCUCAGUAUUUCAUGGCCAGUGACCUCUAUGUUGGUAGUCGCCUCAAUUUCAAUAGCUACUACUUCAUCCUCAUCGAUGCUGAUGAGUACGCAUUCAGAUACAUGGAGAAAAAUGCAGAUGUGUUCCCGAUGGCAAACAUUGCUUUCAUCACUGAUAAGAUAGGUAAAAUUGCCUCACAGCACAAGGAGCAAAUCAAAGAAUUCCUGAGACGCAACGAUCCUAGUAAUUCAGGACAUCUCGAGUUUGAUCUUUUCAGGAAUCUGCUAGUCCAGCUGGGAGGGAGCCAUCUAUCGGAGCACGAGAUCAUCGUCCUCGGCCGCUACUACAGCGACACCCAGGACGUCAAACUCAGCAUGGAGACGCUGGUGUCCAUUGUGCAGGAGCAGCUCAAGAAGAACAGCUUUGAGAACUUUGCCAAGCUCCUGGAAGGCUUCCUGCAGCGUGACACAGACAAGUCUGGCUACCUGGACGCGGCCUUGGUCCGCAGUACCUGCAACGCUUUCCAUCUGCCUCUCCCUGAUGAUCUCCUGAGGGCACUCAUAUCGAGACUUGAAAAGAACGAAGAUGGUCUCGUCAACUACAAUGCCCUUGUCACUCACCUGAACUGGUGCGACCACGCCGUGACGACCGCCCAGUACAUCCAACCGCCCGCCAAGUUUGACGAAUCAUGGACGGGCAAGGAGGACGACCGUGUCAAGAGGGUCAACUACAUGGCUCUCCUCCAGUCAGUGUUCCCAGAUAUGUAAACAAAAGAACUUUUUGAAAACUUGAUAUCUAUGAACAGGGCAAAAAGAGUGCAUCAAAGACUUUUAUUCUAUUGACGAUCCUCUGUAUUGCAUGGACGAGCAACAUUGGUAGAGAUGGAUUGCUGAAGACUGCUGUUAUUUAUGUUAAGUUUAGAAUGAGAAUGCGAUGGUCAUUUCUUUGGUUGGAGAAAGGAUGGAAUGAAAUAAUGUAAAAGA